UGCACUUCACCGAUCUCAACCCAAACAAAACAACGUUAGAUUCAAUUCUCUCUGCCUCACGCGGCCUGCAACGGUGGCCGGCAACAUGUCACGCGCCACCGCGGGUUUCGCCCUCCUUUCUCUGCUCCUCGCCGUCAUCCUCCGCUUCUCCGACGCCGAUUUCACUUGCAGCAGGAAAUGUAUUGCAGAACAAUGUGACACUAUGGGAAUCAAGUAUGGCAAGUAUUGCGGGGUAGGAUAUUCGGGUUGUGAUGGUGAGAAACCAUGCGAUGAUCUUGAUGCUUGUUGCAUGACCCAUGAUGACUGCGUAGGCAAAUUCGGAAUGACUGAUGUGAAAUGCCAUAAGAAGUUAAAGAAGUGCCUAACCAGGGUACUAAAAUCUGGGAAAGUUGGAUUUUCCAAGGAGUGUCCUUACAGUACUGCUGCACCUACGAUGAUAAGAGGCAUGGACUUAGCCAUCUUGAUGAGCCAAUUCGCUGAAGCCAAUUCAUGAUCUGUAACAAAACUCUAACCCUCUUAAUACAGUCCUUAUCCCAAUUAAAAAACUUCCCUUGAUUCAGGAAAGUUGAUUUUGUGGCUAGCCAAUAUUUUUUUUGUAAUUUAUUGUUAUUUGACUUAUGAUAUCAUAAAAGGACCCUCAUAAUUUUUUUGUGCAAGGUUCUUUCAUUACGGGGAGAAUGAACAAAAUCAUUUCUCUCAAAAGUGAACAUUUCACAUAAUGAUGCUGUUAGAACAUAUGAUAUUAUCAUACAUAGUUAUGGUUUGA